AUGGGCAACAAAAGGCUUAUGGCCCUGGUUCUCUUUUUCUUCUCCUAUCUGACACUCUGCUUGUCGGUGCCCACAAAGUCUCUUGUUUCCCUAUCCAAUCAAACUCCUAGGCGUCUAUCCUUCGCCCGGUCUCUGACGAGUGCGCACCAAGGUGGUCUCGUGAAGCGCGUGGAUGCAAAAUAUCAACAAUUUGCCAAUGAUCUCGAGACCGCCACAAUGGUCGAUCAGGAUGCUGAACAGUUUCUACCGUUUGGGGCAGCGCCCGCCAUCUUCGCUAGUCACGGCUUCCAGGGUUGCAUUGGGGUGGCGAUUGUGUCCAGCCAGGGCGCCAUCAUUGCGCAUUACACCAACGCUGCAUCGGCAAUGAACCAGGCCAGGACUCAGCUACCCAACCUGAUCACGAACAAUAUAGACGCUUUGGCGGGAGCUAAGGCGUGGAUCUAUGCACACGUUUCUCUGUCAGAUACCGACACAUACACCUCUGAAACCAACAAUAAGGUGUUGGAAGACAUCGUCAAGACCAACUUGCAUAUCGUUCCUGCCCGAGUGAAGUACAUUGAACCGGAGGAUAUGUUGGUGGACGAACAGGAUGAACUUUUGGACCCGGAUCAGUACCCUGAAGAUUUAUUGUAUGGGGCCAUCAUGAUAAAGCAUCAGGCAGGCCAGUCGGCGGGAGCCGAUGUUAUCUUCAUCAACCUAGAUUGGCAGAAGGCCGCUGCUGAAAACAGUAAGCCACAGCCAUCAUCGUAG